AUUACUAAAUAUUUUCUGUAAAUUUAUUUUCUAUAAAAACCUCUCUUGUACAAAUAAUCUUUUGUUGAUAGUAACACGUUCAGAUUAUUGUAGAACGAAAAAGAUAAAUAGGAGAGGUAAAUCAAGUGAAUAUUAAAUACAAUUUUCUUUUACAUAUUACUGAAAUCCUUACAUGAAUGUCUUGGAGAUAUUAAAAAAAAUUAACUAAAAUAAUAAUUAAUUAGAACAUAUCUUGUGUCUAAUUCUAGUUAAUUUUUUUGCUUCCAUCUCAACUAUAUAUAUUUCCUCCUCCUCUUUUGCUUUACUCCAUUUCUUCUUCUUCCCUUUCCCAGUAUUUUUUUCGAAUUAUGUCUUGAAUUUGUUUAUUUUUUUUUAUUAUAUAUUUUUAGAAAAAUCAUAAUUCCUAUUGAUUUAGAAAAUCCAUUGUCCUAAUAGAUUUUGGAAAGAAAAUCUAGUAGGAUUUGGAGACUAGCUACUCGAAAUCUAUAUAUAAGAGUUGUCGUUGUACAUUUUUUCAUCCUUUGUGUUUUUUCUUCUCUCUUCGCUUUGUGUAUGAUUGUGUGCUAGAUAACUCAACUUACAAUCUUUUCGCAAUAUAUCAGAAAUAACUUUUAUAUCCUAUCCUACAAAAGGCAAAAGCAAGAUCAGUAAUUCUGUGCAUAUCUUAUCUUUCUCAGACUCUACUUGUGGGAUUACAGAGAGUGUGUAUUGUUGUUUUUCCCAUAGAUUUUCAAGAAAAUGAAGAAUGAACAACAAUAUCAAUUCACCACUACAAAACUAUUCACUAUUUCUCAAAGGUACCUCCAUAAUCUUGUGUCCUAUUUUUUUUUAUUUGGGUCUGGUUUAGCAAUUGGUAUAACACUAAUUUUUUAUCUCCAAGACCUAAUUCCCAACACUUUACAAAACAAAUUAUUUUUCCCCCAAAUAAUCCAAUUCACCUCACCUCCACCUCCACCACCCCCACCCCCACACCCUACACCAAUUACCCCACCAUCACUUCCACAACCUCAACAAGAAAAUAUUAUUCCUCUUGUUUUAAAUAAUAAUGAGACCAAAAUUUUAGACCUUAGUGGAAUAAGGUUAAAAGAUUUUAUGGAGACACCAAAAUUUAGUACUCCUAAACAUGUUAUGAAAGAUGAAGACUUGAUAUGGAGGGCUAUGAUGGUGCCAAGUGUUAGUGAUUUGCCAUUUAAUAGAAAACCAAAGAUUGCUUUUAUGUUUCUUGCAAGAGGAAGUUUACCAUUGGCACCAUUAUGGGAAAGAUUUUUCCAAGGACAUGAAGGCCUUUAUUCUAUUUAUAUUCAUUCUCAACCAUCUUUUAAUGGAAGUGCUCCACAAGAAGGACCUAUUUUUCAUGACAGAAGAGUAGCAAGUAAGAAAGUAGAAUGGGGAAAAUUCAACAUGGUGGAAGCAGAGCGACGAUUACUAGCGAACGCGUUAUUAGACAUAUCGAACGAACGUUUCGUGCUUCUUUCGGAGUCAUGCAUUCCUCUAUACGACUUCACGACCAUCUAUGACUACAUCAUCAACUCCGCAAACACAUUCAUGGAGUCUUACGAUUUGAUAAGCCCAGUGGGACGAGGUCGUUACAACAAGAAAAUGAAACCAUUGGUAACCCUAGCCCAAUGGCGAAAAGGGUCCCAAUGGUUCGAGGUCGAUCGAGAGAUCGCCAUCGACAUAAUAUCGGAUCAAAAAUAUUCUAAUUUGUUCAAGAGAUUUUGUAGGCCAGCAUGUUAUUCAGAUGAACAUUAUUUGCCAACAUUUGUGACAAUGAAAUAUUGGUGGAAAAAUGAAAAUAGAACAUUGACUUGGGUUGAUUGGGCCAAAGGUGGGCCUCAUCCAACAAAAUUUAUCAGGCCUGAUGUGACAGAAGAUUUGCUUUAUGGGAUGAGAAAUGGGACCAAAUGUGAGUAUAAUGGGCAGCCCAGUAACAUGUGUUACUUGUUUGCUAGGAAGUUUUUGCCUAGCACUUUAGAUAGGCUUUUGAGAUUUGCUCCUAAAAUCAUGAAAUUUGGAUAAAUUGAUAUUUGUAAAAGUUUUAAUAUUUUUGUUAAUUAUUUCUAGUUCUAGCAUUGGGUUCAAUGACACUGAUAAUAUACAUCAUAUUCAUUUCAAUUA